GUGUCUCCAUUUCAACAACUCAAUGUGGAGAAACUGGGUCUUGAAGUAAAUUACAGAAACCUUGACCGUGACUUACCAGUUCAUCAAAAGUUGCACAAAAAGGACCUUGAACAGCUACUAAAAAAUCAUUUGACAGGAAUUAUCCGUGUUCCAGCUCUUUGCUUUGGAAAUGAACAUAGUACAAUGGAGUCCUUGAAUCUUGCUAAUUAUGAAGUGAUGCCGAUUGAACCACUGCAUGAUUGUAAAGGACAUAUCAAGAAUUUGUGGGAUGUUUUGCAUGAAGUGUUGACACCUCAAGAGAAUAAAAUUUUUCAACAGUCCCUAGAUGCCACAUAUGGUUCGAAGGACAAGGUGAGAGGAUCUGACUAUCGGCUGUCAUCAAUAGUUGUUUACCAAUCAAUGCAAAGCACUUGCAGAAAGGAAAUCAAAGAGUUGUUGUACACAUUGAUGGAGCUAGUUCGGUUAUCAUAUCUUAAAUCCCAAAAAAGGUCCCCACGAAUUAUUCUACGAUUACAUAAUAUUAGUUUCCAGCAUGCCAUGUUGUGCCAAGAUCUGUUUGGGCAUAAUUUAAAGUCAAUGUCUACACAAAAGCUUUAUGGCAUUUAUUAUCAUGGCUUGACAACACAUUUAGCAGAAGUAUCGAGAAUUAUCUCACCAAGCUCCUUACACACAGAGAAUGAAGAACAGCUAUUCAGCAAAAUUAAUCAAAUAAGUUUGAGAACAUCAGCCAGAUCCUUAGAAUCCAUACGUGAUAAUAGCAUCAUCCGUAUUCAAGCUGAACAGAAAUUUAUUGCCAAAGAAUGUUCUAGAAAAUCAACUAACACAUCUAAAAUAUCGAAAUUUUCAGAGAGUGUACUUGAUGAGAAAAGAAGUUGUUUUAACAUUAACUUACCUCUACGGAAAUAUCAGGCACACUUGGAAAGAAUUGCAGAUUUUUUGCUCUAUGGUAAUGGUGUUUGGUGGCAUAGAGAAAAUGAUAUUAUCAUAUUUCAUGAUGGAAAAGAGGAUGAUGAUUUCAGAGUUGAAGGGCCUUUGAUGACAAAUUUCAAACAAGACAACCUGCAAUCAGUAGCAAAAGAUGUAGAAGCUUGUUGGAAGAAAUGCGUUGAUCGUGGUAUUGAAUUGCCAAUCACAAAGAUAAAUACUUUCGACGAAAAUGGAGAUUUAAUAGAAUGCAAGGCACUUGAAGAAACUGGCGUUACAAAUCCAAAAGCAAACAUAACAAGUAAUAUCAAACUGAUGGCUGAUGAUGAUAAUGCAGAAUAUGAUAAUGCGUAUAUAUCACAUGAUAAUAAUGAAGAGAUAGAAAUGGAGAUAGAUAUCACAUUAGAACAGCAACCUUCCUUAUUGGAUUUAGAAGUUGACCAAGCUGUUCAUUUUAAGAAAGAAACAUCAAACACAAUUACAUUGGAACAACAACCUUGCAUAGCUGACUCAGUUACUAAUCCUAAAAAAACUGCAGAAAAUAGUAAGUUGGAAAAGAUCUGUAGAGACAGACAGACGAAAGCUGACCAAAACCCAAUUCUUGAAUCAGGUGUAUGCAAGAACAUAAUGUAUGUUCUUGGCUAUUCAGAUAAAUUGAAGGACUUCGACCGUCAUCAUAUGUCAUAUAAGCUGACUAAAAGUGAACAUUCAAGAAAAAAAUGUAGAGCAUUUAUCAUUCAUUUUCGUGAAAAAGUGAUGGCUGUUCAGCAUGAAGCAGAAAAAGCUACGAAAGAUUGGGAAAAAGACUUCAUAGCAAAAAAUUUUAAGAUGCCGAAUACAGAAGAGCUUAAAUCAAAUAAAAUUUACAUGGAGAAAUAUAAAUUAAAUUACCACGCCAAAAAAAUUCUUGAACAAUGGACAAAUAUUUAGUUUUUCAGCAAAAGGAUCAAUAUGCGCUUUUAAAUUUUAAGAAGCAUAUUUUUCAACAAAUUAGCCAGAGCUAGCUAAAAUAAAAACAUUUGAUAUAUAUAUAUAUACAAAACUUUUUUUCUGAUACGUUUCGUAUGGGAAAUGUAUUUUUAUAUUAUUGUGGAUCAUCAUUUUGCACAAACGAAAAAACAAGAACAACACGAGAAGGAAAUUAAUACCUUUAAAAAGAUAUCAAAGUAUUUGUUGUUGCUUUGACGGGCUUAAUACGCAAUAAUCUUGUAUUGUGCAAAACUUAGAAGAAAUAGCUAGCUAGCUAACAGUCUUAAAAAGGUCCAUUUUUACAAUCCAUUAUGUGGGUUAUAUAUCUGCACCCUAAAUCAAGAGAAUACUAGCUAAACUGCUUUUCUAAUUAAGCUACUCUUUCGUACAGAGGUAGGAUUUGCACCCACAACUAUUUAGCUAAGUAAUCUGCAGUGAUCUAAGAACUACAUAAACAGUUUAAUUUCUUGACUAACUGUUUUUAUAUUGUAUAUAUCUAUCUAUGUAUAUAUCUAUGUAUAUAACAGCCAGAAAGGCUAUGUAUAGCUCUGACAGUUACAAAGUUUAGGUAAACACUUCCAGAAAUAUAUAGCUAGCUUUUGCUAUAGCUACUAUAUAUAUAAUUUUGACAGGUAGCUAUAGGCAAAUAGAAUAUAGAAAAUUUCAAAUAUAUAGAAUAAAUAAUAUUACAAACCUUGUUUUUACUGCGUGAUCACAAAUACCUUAACAGCCAAAUGUAUGGUACAACCAACCAUUUCUGUCAACACAAAAACACAAAAAUGGCGGCACCUUCUUGUCUUCUUCACAAACUUGAAACGACAAAAA